AAAACUGAAGACGAACCGAUUUCAAACGGUUAAAUUUACAUGUCAUCGGUGUCUUCACUAGCAGACCUUCUCAUCCUAAAAUGUACCUCGACAACUUCACUCCGACAAGCUCGUAUCCUCCACGCCCGUAUCCUAACCUCCAUACCCAUCACUCUCCACACUCCAUUCACAUACAACAACAUCAUAUCCAUGUACGCCAAAUGCGGGUCUCCAGGAGACUCCCACCACGUGUUCGACAAAAUGCCUCAACGAAACAUCAUUUCCUACAGUGCACUCGUUUCUGCAUAUUCUCGCUCUCCCCACAAUGCCCACUUGGCGUUUAAACUGCUUUCCCAAUUGCAUUCCACAGAUUGCUUUAGACCAAAUAGCCCGAUGUUUUCGGGGCUACUGCAAGCAUCAUUGUGCAUGGGGGAUUAUGUAUUGGGUUCUGAAUUGCAUUGCCAAGUUUUAAAAUUUGGGUUUCUGGAUGAUAAAUACGUGCAGACUUCUUUGCUUAGUUUGUACGUGCAUUGUAAGGAUAUGGGAUGCGCGAAAAGAGUGUUCUUUGAUAAUAAUUAUAAGGAUACUGUGGCUUGGAAUACUAUAAUAAAUGGGUUGGUGAAAAAUGAAAAGAUUUUACAAGGGAUGCGGUAUUUUUGUAAUAUGGUUGGAAGUGGAGAAAGGCCGUGUAAAUUUACAUAUUCGACGAUGCUGAAUGCUUGCAGCAAAUUGGGGGAUCAUGAUAUAGGACGGCUCAUUCAUGCUCAUGUAAUUCUAAGUGGCACUACUGCUGAUUUGCCUUUGUAUAAUGCAUUGCUUGAUAUGUACUGUGCUUGUGGUGAUGUGCAAACUGCUUGUACUGUUUUUAGUAGAAUCGAGAUUCCUGAUUCUGUCUCAUGUAAUUCGAUGAUAGCCGGGUAUGCAGGUAAAGGGGAUGGAGGGAAGGUAAUGGAUAUGUUUGUCCGGUUUUGGCAAAUCUCUACUGAGAAACCAGAUGAAUAUACUUUUGCGGCUGUUAUUAGCGCUACGGGAUCAUUUCCGUCCAUUAGUUAUGGGAAGUUGCUCCAUGCUCAAGUUAUCAAAAUAGGUCUUCAAAGGAGUGUAUAUGUUGGAAGUAGCCUGGUUUCCAUGUAUUUCAAGAAUGGAGAUAGUGAUUCUGCUGAAGGUGUUUUUAAUACUUUAUUGGAAAGGGAUGUCGUUUUAUGGACAGACAUGAUCAUUGGCUAUUCUAGGCAAUCUGAAGGAGAGAAUGCGAUUAGGUUUUUCAGUGGUAUGUUGGAGGAAGGUUAUAAGCCUGAUGGUUUCACUCUGAGUAGUGUUUUAAGUGCAUGUGCUGAUCUUGCAGCUCAGCUGCAGGGCAAGACGAUUCAUUCCCUGGCUAUAAAAGCAGGAUAUGAUGUUGAAAUGAGUGUAUCAGGGAGUUUGAUAGAUAUGUAUGCCAAAAUUGGAAACCUCGAAGCUGCAGAAGCUGUAAUAUCGCAAGUCAGGAAACCUGAUUUGAAGUGCUGGAAUUCUAUUCUUGGUGGCUACGGUAACCAUGGUAAAGUUAUCGAGGCAUUUGAAGUUUUUGAUGAGAUCAUAAAACUUGGGCUAUGUCCAGAUCGAGUGACAUAUCUUUGUAUCCUUGGUGCUUGUAGCCAUUGUGGUUUGGUUGAUGAAGGAAGGUACUUGUGGUCUCGAAUGUUGGAAACUGGUUUGACACCUGGGCCUAAGCAUUAUUCUUGUAUGAUAAGCUUAUUAACCAGAGCAGGAUUAUUAGUUGAAGCAGAAGAAAUGAUCGUUAACUCGCCUUACAGUAGCGAGAAUUUGGAGAUGUGGAGAACUUUGUUAAGUUCGUGUGUUCGUAAUUGUAACAUGGAAAUUGGGACACGUGCUGCUCAGCAAAUUAUAUGCAUUGACGAUGAAGAUAGAGCAACCAAUGUACUGCUUAUAAAUUUCUACUCAUCUAUUGGGAGAUGGGAUGUUGUAGCAGAAUUACGGAGAAAGACAAGAGAAUCGGUAUUGGAAAAGUAUCCUGGCCUAAGCUGGAUUGAAGUCAUGAAAACAACUCAUAUAUUCUCUUCUGGAGAUGAAUCGCACCCGGAGUUUGAUGAAGUGCAGGCUGAGCUGAGUCAUCUGCAAGGAAACUUGAGUGUCUUAGAAAACGAUGAGGUUUGCGAACAUUAAUUUUUGAAUGUGUGGAAUGAAAGUGGAAACAAGGUUCAUAUCUAUUAGCUGGUCGGCAAAUGAUUAAACCUUAAACAAAUUAUAUUUUCCAGACCAGUAGACCAGCAUAUGUUGUCAAGACACAGUUCAACAAGGAUGAGUCCACUAGCAUGUAAGGGUUCUUGAACUUAUACAGCUAGAUGGUUUGUCAAAUUUGAUUGAGGAAAACAUCCUAUUACCACUGUAAGUCUGUAAUACUCCCAUACCUUGAACAUUUACAAGGUUUUGGUGGUGUUACAGGUGGGCAAGUGCAGCCAGAAUUUACAGAAGGUCCUCAAUGAUCCUGAUCUUGCAUUAGCUGUACAGUUAAUGACGGGGUUCUUCUUUGGUAACAGAUAACCCGAAGACUGAUGGAAUGAAAACCCUGAGAAGUGAGAAGUUAAUGUGGUACUGGUUCAUUGCAAUGUCACAGGAAAGUUUUGUUUCCCAGUUCCACCCUUGCACUGCGACAGGAAAAUCGCCCAUUGCAAUGUCAGUGGAAAGUUUUAUUCCCCAGGUACACUGCGAGAUUAAGAUUAAGCAACUGGUUCUAAUUAUGCCGUAAGUUGUGACUUAUAAGUUGAAAUUUGCCAACAGAUACCGUGCAUGGUAGGCAUAUCUUUAUUUCGGGAAAAAAAUUCAUAUUUACACAUAAAUUUUAAAGAAGUGUUUAACC